AGACCCUACCCUGCUGCCUGCGCCCCUGCCGGCUGCCGCUACCUGUUCCUGAUUUCCUAGUGGCUGGUCCUGCUGCUCACAUCCUCGCCAUCCGCUUGUUGCUGUUUGCCGCUUCGCUGUCGCCGCACCGGUCACCGCCUCGCCGUUUCCGUGCUAUCGUCGUGCGGUCGUCGUCGUCUCACCGUUCUGUCGCCUCACCGUUGAGUUGCUAUUGUCACAGUGUUGCCUUGCCGUCAAGUUGCCCAAUGCCCAGACCACAGUCGCACCACACCUGCAGCCUGAACCCAUGCCGUUGGCCCGCUGCCUGUUCAAUCUGCCCGCAGCCUCGUCGUUUGCCGCAUCGUCCCAUGGCCCUCACUGUGUAUGCGACGGGCUGGGCCUCGAUCAACAAGAUCUUGGCCUUCGUAACCAGCCCGGCCUGGCUGGGUGGCGGGUCGGCUCGGCCGGGUAUUUAACAUUGCCAUGUUUUCUGGGUUGGGUCGGGCUGGUCCAAAUGCCCAAGCCCAGUUAAAAUAUAUUGGAUAGACUGUAAUUUGAAGGUCUUUAAAACGGCAGAGCAUUUUGUAAUAUUGCCCAAACCUUAGCAUGCUUUUGUUUUAUUUUUAAAUCGGGGAGCUCGUACGGAGAACGAGUGGGAGGAAACGUCAACUACCAGGUGACGUGAGGGUAAAGGACUCUGCUGUUUCUGCUGGCUUCCCUUGCAUUAUCGCCAACAAGGAGGGUAGCUUAGCGGACACACUUACUUUUUCCGAUCACCGGAAGACUUGAUCUUUUCUUCAUGGCGAGUUCCAUUGCUGUGCCCACUGUAAAUUUUCACCAGUAUGAGAAAUUCCAGUUGAAUCCGAGCAAAGUGUCUGGCUUGCGGCCAUGGGGAUUGGCACUUGAGCGUGUUAGCUUGGGGUGCAAGAUUGGUUCCCGGGUUCGUAUCGGCAGGGGCAUUUUGUGUAAAGCUGGCGAUACAGGUAGCAACGGCAGAAGGGAACCCGUCGCAAUUCAGCUGUACAACCAAAUAGAUAGGGUUAUGACGGAAGUCAGUAAGCAGUCUCAGGAGGGAAGGAGUUCAUCGGGAGAUUGGACAGAAAUCGAGGGAGCUUGGGUGCUGAAACCAACUAAAAUGAAGCCAAAAUUAGUAGUCCAUUUUAUUGGGGGAAUAUUUGUUGGGGCUGCUCCACAGCUUUCUUACCGUCUGUUUCUUGAGCGACUUUCAGAGAAGGGAAUUUUGGUGGUUGCAACACCAUUUGCUAGUGGAUUGGAUCAUUUUCUCAUUGCUGAUGAAGUGCAGUUUAAGUUUGAUCGAUGUCUACAUCUUCUACAUGACAGUGUGAACGAGCUGCCAGUCUUUGGUAUUGGUCAUUCUCUGGGAUCUGUUAUCCAUCUCCUGAUAGGAUCCAGAUAUGCUGUGCAAAGAAGUGGAAAUGUGUUCAUGGCAUUCAACAACAAGGAAGCAAGCCUGGCCAUUCCAUUGUUUUCUCCAGUCAUUGUGCCCAUGGCUCAGAGCUUUGGUCCAGUUAUUUCCCAGCUCAUAUCCUCUCCCACAAUCCGACUUGGGGCAGAAAUGGCUAAGAAACAGCUGGAAAACCUGAGUCCUCCAAUCCUAAAGCAAGUUCUUCCUUUGAUAGACCAACUUCCUCCCUUAUACACGGAUUUGGUUAAUGGACGAGAAGAUUUCACCCCAAGGCCAGAAGAAACUCGCCGACUGGUCAAAUCCUAUUAUGGAAUCUCUCGGAAUCUGCUAGUGAAAUUCCGUGACGAUACAAUUGAUGAAACUUCAAUCUUAGCUCAGGUGUUGAGCUCUGAAUCUGCAAUUAGUUCAUCUUUGGAUAUGUCUAUUCGCACGUUACCAGGGGAUCAUGGGCUUCCUUUACAACAAGUUCUGCCAGAUAUUCCUCCAGCUAUGGCUGAUGCUGUGAACAGAGGGGGAGAACUGCUGGCAAAUCUAACAAUCGGAACGCCGUGGGAGACUAUAGGGAGAGAGGUGGGAAGCACAUUGGGUGCAGAUUCGAGAGAUCUUCGUACCCAAAUGACAAAGGAUGUAGACCUUCUUGUGGAUGUUAUUGCUUCGUGGAUGCUGACAAACUCUGGUCUUAAGUUACUGCGUUCCUGAUGGAUGGUCAGAAGCAGUCGGAUGCAGCAUAGCACCGCCCAACAGAAGGCUGGAGGAUCCAAAUGGUUAGUGGCAUGUCAAGUGAAGCUAAAGAGCAGAGCUGUUUACUGCAUCAUCACAUAGAUGUUGAGGCUAUGGCCUACUUACUGGAUGCUUGGAAGUUGGAAUGGAGCUGAUGAUUACUACUCAGAUGAUAUGAGGCUAUUAGGAGAUGCUUGUAGAAACUGCAGUUCUGGACAAAGUACCGUUCACUUUAACGUUCUCUUUUCUGUGAGUGGAGUUGAAAAAUCAUGCCUUUGUCACUAGCUCCUGGAAUUGGUCGCCAUAUAAAUGGUUAUUUCGUCCGUGGAUGCCUCUGUUAAGCACCAACUGAGCUAGAUGAAAGCAUACUCGUAUAUGGAACAGGUUACAUGGAUA